CACUGGUCGAGUUUUGUGUCAUUCAUUUCACAGGGACGUCAUCAGUGUUUUUUAUGCCAAUGUUUUGAAUGGUCUGUACUGUGAAAUUCGAAGGCAUCAGUGUUGCACUUGUUGCGUCAGUACCCGGUCCGCUUGCGUGCUUUCCGCGCGUGCCUCGGCAGACCACGCUGAACUCCGUCUUCAAACCAUCUGGGUCAUGUCUUGUCACGGCAUAUCGAGAUCGCAUCAUUCAAAAGUUCUGACUCAUUAAUCCCGCCCGAGUGGAUGCGAUUAGAGACCAUGGCCCCGUCACAUUUCACACAAAUCCCCACGGUUGAUCUCGCGCUGGCCAAAAACCCCGCGACCUUGCCAAUGCUCCUCCAAGAUUUGCGCCAUGCUGUGACGGACGUUGGCUUUCUCUACAUUACCAAUCAUGAGGUUCCUGAUGAGACCAUAAACGAGUUAAAAGAGGCACUGCAUGUCCUUUUUGCACUCCCAUCACAGGCGAAGCAGGCAAUCGUGCUCGAGAACUCGCCUCACUUCUUGGGUUACAGCGGUACCGGCAAUGAAAGCACAGGAGGGAAAGUCGACCAGAGGGAGCAAGCCGAGUUCGCCACUGAGUUAACAUCCACAUGGCGUGAGGGUCAGCCUUUGUACAAACGUCUUCGCGGUCCAAAUCAAUGGCCAGAGGCGUUUCCGGAUCUGCAGCGCAUCGUUAACAAUUACAUCCAGGCAAUGACUUCACUUAGCGAGCAUUUCCUCAGGCUCGUCGCUCAGGCGCUAUCUCUGCCACGCGAAACCUUCCUGCCAUUUCUCUCCGACCAGCAUCGUUUGAAAUUGGUUCACUACCCUGCCCUUCCACCACGUGAUAAAGACGCCAUCUCCAAUCAGGGAGUUGGACCUCACAAGGACUCGUCCGGCUGGUGGACCUUUCUGCUCCAAGCGUCGCCUCCUGAACCCGACACGUUCGUAGCCAACAUUGGCCAAGCGUUCGAAGUUGUCACCGAUGGGGUAUGCAAAGCAACUACUCACCGCGUCCUGUCCGGACCUCAUGAGCGAUUCAGCGUUCCGUUCUUCCAGGGCGUGAGACGAGAUCUCACCAAAGCCCAGGCGCGCGAACUGACGGGCCACUUUGCAUCACUGGGAACUGGGGCCGAAUCAGAUGAAGGACAAGCCAUUGACUCUGCUUUUCUUCGGGGAAAGUAUGACACUUGGGGCGAAACCCAGCUGAGGACCAAGAUACGCAGUCACCGAACCAACGGCCAGAAUUUCUACCCCGAGGUCUUCGAACAGUACAUCCACGAUGACUAG